AUGGGUAGUAUAUUAUCUCUUGACUUGUCCUAUAAUGAGUUGGAGGGUGUUGUCCCAAGCAAUAGGGUUUUCAGAAAUGCUUCUCCUCAGGCAUUUAGAAACAACAAAGGGCUAUGCGGUGAACUUCGAGGUCUCCCUCCAUGCAAUCAAUCUCAUACAAGCAAGGGAUCGAAAAAUAAUGGACACAAAGUUAUUGUAUCCAUCAUUGCUUCUUUGGUAGGAAUUGUGUUCCUUCCAUUUGCAAUUAUUUGUAUCUUAUUCCUCUUGCAAAAAAAAGUGAACAAAGAAAAUAUUGAAGCAACAAGAAGAAACCAUGGCAAUAUAUUUUCAAUAUGGAAUUUCGAUGGCAAUAUUGCUUAUGAGGACAUUAUUCAAGUCACAGAAGAUUUUGAUGCCAAAUAUUGCAUUGGAGCUGGAUCUUAUGGGAGUGUUUACAAAGCAGUGUUACCUACCGGCCAUGUUGUAGCCUUGAAAAAGUUCCAUCCCUUGAAAGAUGAGGCAAUAGUUAAUGAGGAUAGCUUUGGGAAUGAGAUGCACUUAUUAACAAAAAUAAGGCAUCGGAAUAUUGUCAAACUUUAUGGAUUCUGCUCCCAUCCACAAUGCAUAUUUCUUGUUUUUGAGUACAUGGGAAAAGGAAGCUUAACACAUAUUUUGAGCAAUCAAUUGGAGGCUGUGGAGUUGGAUUGGCCGAAAAGAGUAAAUGUCAUCAAAAGUGUAGCCAGUGCUUUGUCUUACUUGCAUCAUGAUUGCAUUCCACCAAUAAUUCAUCGAGAUAUUUCAAGCAAAAAUAUACUGCUUGACUUGGAACUUGAGGCUCGUGUAUCUGAUUUUGGAAUUGCAAGACUAUUAGAGCCAGGCUCAUCCAAUUGGACGUCACUUAAAGGGACCCAUGGAUAUAUUGCUCCAGAGCUUGCCUACACCAUGGCUUUAACUGAGAAGUGUGAUGUAUAUAGUUUUGGAGUAGUGGCAUUAGAAACAAUUAUGGGAAGGCAUCCAGGGGAGCUCAUCUCUUCUUUAACAUCACCAGUUGGCCAAAAGAUGCUAAUAAGGGACUUGCUAGACCCAUGCCUCACAUUUCCAUCAGAUCAAAAGGUUGCAAAGGAUGUGGUUUCAGUUGUGAGAAUAGCACUUACAUGUUUACGUAAUCACCCACAAUCCCGCCCAACUAUGCAUCAAAUAUCAAAAGAGCUACUUGUUCUCCAACCAUCCUUUGUGGAACAUUUUCAUACAAUUACUGUAGGUGAUGUAAAUGAUAUUGAAGUACAAUAG